GCGUGUUCCGCAUAUCGCGCUGUGAAACAUGAAGAGCGCGAGACACACGGAAUAUCGACAACGGCAGCGUUUGUUCUCGUGUUUUUGACACGAUUUGCGCCGCAUCAGAAUCGCCAGUAGAAUUCCCAGACCCUCGAUGCAUCUCUGCUCCGACGAGCGUGGAUUAUCAGUCAUUUUUAGAUGCUUUGAUGGACUGUCAUCUUUGAAAUCACCCUGAGGACUUCAUUACUCUGAGCUGCACAGUCUCAUCUAUGAGGACAGCUGCAUGUGGACAGCUCUUUCAGAAUCCGGUGAAUAUCCCGACUCCAGUUCUCACUGAAGCUGUUGGGAAUGAAGGAGGCGUGUCGCAUCUGCGCUCGUGAGCUGUGCGGUAACCAGCGGCGAUGGAUCUUCCAUCCGGCAGCCAAGCUGAACCUGCAGGUGCUCCUGUCUCACGCUCUGGGUCACGACCUGGAGCGCGACGGCCGCUGCGAAUUCGCCUGCAGCAAGUGCACGUUCAUGCUGGGCCGCAUGUACCGCUUCGACACGGUGAUUGCCCGUGUGGAGGCACUGUCCAUCGAGCGGCUGCACAGACUCCUGCAAGAGAAGGAGCGUCUGCGCCAGUGCAUUAGUGCGCUUUAUCAUAAAAACAAUCUGCAGGAGACCCGCGGGGUGACGGAGGUGAGCACCGUUGACGUGUCCGGCCUUCACAAUGCCAAGUACUGCACCCUGCUGCAGGAGGACCUGACGUACUCCAUGUACGAGUCCUGGGCGGAAGAUGAGGACCAGAUGUUGGAGUGUACUCACAAUCCUCCGUGUCACGCGUCCGAGCUGUUCUCGUCCUGGCAGCGCUCGCGGAGGUGCCCCGGCUGCAGAGCGCUGCGUGUGCCCGACGCUGACUAUGAGGCCGUGUGUAAGGUGCCCAGGAAGGUGGCGAGGAGCGUUUCCUGCGGCCCAUCCACACGUUACUCUGCCAGUGGCGCCGGAAGCCCGUGUGGGGAGGAACAGACCGCAACCAUGACUUCCACCACGCUGGUGCCCGAGAGGCGGUGGACGGCAUCCAGCUCAUCGGACGGUGAUCGCACACUCCGAGAGCGGCAGAGCUCCGGCGCCUCGCUGGAAUCACUGGAUGCGUCGCCCAUCGAAGAGCGCCAGCGUGACGAACGGAGCUGUGCCGCGGCCUCUGAGGAGCAUCUCGGUGCGUCUGAGGAACCUCUGUCGAGGCUCGCACUGGCUCUGUCACUGCUUCAGGAUUGUGUGUAUAAUCCCGUCCAGAGUCCUCAGGGCAGCAGACUUCCUGUUUUGGUGAAUCCUAGGUUUUUUAAUGGAGGAGCUAAACUGCACAGUCAAGACCAGGAGAACCUGUUUGUUGGAGCAAACCGCAUGAUCGUGGAACCGGAGCUGCCUAGAGUCCAGCUGGAUCCAGCGCUGGAGCUGGCCCGUCUGGAGGAGCUGUGGCACUCGGUGCAGGACGAGUACUUGCCCUUCUGUUUCAGGAGGGUCCCAAAGAGCCUGAUGGAGGAGCAGCAGUCGCAGCUGCAUCAGUACGAACGCGCCGCCGGACAGUGUGUCGCUGAACUACAGAAAGCGCAGCUGCAGGUCGAGUCUCUGCAGAGUCAGAUCCACCAGAGCGAGACCAGCAACAAGAAGCUGCAAGAGAAGGUGUGUGAGAUGGAGUCUGAGCUCCUGUCCAUCAGACAAGCUGCACAGAACCAGCAGAGAACCAUCCAGAACCUCACAGACAGCCUGAGAACGAAAGACACAGAGACUCAGGAGCUCUACCAUGUGAUUGAAGACCAGAACAACACACUGUGUAAACUCACAGAGACACACCAGCAGCAGCUGCAACACAAAAAGGCUCCAGAGGGCGCUGUGGACUCGGGUUCACUGCCGCUACACACUUCCCUGUUCUCCUGUCAGCUGGAGCUGGAGGCCAGUCAUCGCAAUCACAGACUGACCCAGAGACGCUUGGAGGAUCUGACGUGCUCACGAGACCGACUGCAGGCCGACCUGCAGGACGCGCUACAGCACAGAGAGACGACACACAAACACAACCAGGAUCUGCGUGAGAUGCUCGAGCAGCUGCGGUCUGAGCUGCAGGUGAAGGCGUGUGAGCUGAGAGACCGUGAGGCCGCGACACGCUCAGAAAUCACAGACAGGGACGAAACCAUCGCACAGCUGCAGCAGAGCUUACGUCGCAAAGACACGCUGCUGCAGGAGUAUUCAGAGCUGCGGAGUCGCUCGUCCGACUCCAGCGGAGCCUCCGAGAGAGACGCGCUGCUGCAUGCGCUCAGGAGUCGCAUCAGAGACAGAGACGCCGCGCUGGAGCGCUCGAUCGAUGAGAAGUUCCACUGUCUGGAGGAGAAGGACGAUGAAGUUCGUCGACUGCAGCUGGUGCUGCGUGAGAAGGACCGAGACCUGGAGAGACUGCGCUGCGUCCUCAACAACACCAACGACACCAUCACGGGUUUGGAUGCUCUGGUGCACAGUAAAGAGCUGGAGUUAGAGAGAACACUGGAAACGUGCCGGAAACUGGAGUGGUUGAAACAGCAGAGCGAUGAGAAGCACACACUGGCUGUACAUGAGAGAGAUGGCGUCAUUCAGCGGCUGCAGACGGCUCUGCACACACACAGCAAAGAGACCGAGGAGCUCAGGUCAGUGUUGUUGGGAAAAGUGUCUGCCGCUGACGUGCUGCAGGAGCUCCAGGCUCAUCUCUCUAUGAAGGAGCGUCUGUUUCAGGAAGUGAUGUCAGACCGCAGCCGACAGCUGCAGGAACACCACAAACAGCUGAGCGAGCUGCUCGACACCAUCAGCACCAGAGAUCAGGACAUGAAGGAUUACGGGGAGAGGUUGGGACGGGUGAUAUCGGAGCGAUCGGGUCAGUUGCAGGAGUUGCGUCGGCAGCUGACGUCACGUGAACAAGAGCUGCAGGAUGUGAACCGGGAGAGAGAGAGAGACGUUUCUGCGGCCAGAGAGCUGCAAAGACUCCAGAACCUUCUCAAGGAGAAAGACUCCUUCAUACAGGAGUUACUACAGGGUCAGAGCGAGACGUUGAGCUCUACAACAGCAGCACAGGCUGUGUGUACGAACAGCUCAGGUGAUCAGGAGAUUCAAGCAAUCAGAGAUGAGCUACAGCUGACUCUCAAAAAACAAAGAGAGACUGAGCGGGAGCUGUCAGAGUUGCGUUCUCUUCUGGCUGCAGGGCAUCGUGACACAUUGAGCUCUGAUCAGCAGUGUGUCCUGCAGCAGCUCGUGUCGGAGCAGCGGGCGCUGAAUGAAGCUCUGAGAGCCGAGAAGAGUCUUUAUCAGUCGCUCAGACGCGUCCAGAGUCAGGCAGACAGCAGCUCUGAGAAGACUAGAGCGCUACACGAACAACUGGACUCGCUUCAGACGCUGCGUGAGCAGCUGGAAGAGACGCUGGCGCGGAGCCGAGAGACGGCGCUGGCAGUGGACCGGGCCGCACUGGUCCAGGCAGACUAUGGAGAAUCCAGCAGUGAUGAAGAUGAAGAAGAUCCUGACAGCAACAGCAGUGAAGAGUUCACAGACAGCAUAGAGGACGAUGACAUCAAACUCACGGCUCAGAGUCUGACGAGCACGCAGAAAGCUGAGGAGUACGGCCGACCCGUGAUGUCCCAGAAUGCAUCAGAGGGGAGAAGAUGUGAUGAGGCAGAGCAGAGAAAUCGAGACAAAUGCGAGAUGGUUGAAGUGACGGUCCAGGCCGACGACUCCUCACUUGCUCACGUCAGAAACACUCUACAUGAAGAACGUGAAGCACUGAAUCUCAGCCAGCCUGGAUUAGGAGUGGAUGAGGAGGCGUCUGUGAGGAGUCGACGGUUGGAGAAGCAUGAAACAGACCGGCGAAACUCCCAUGAGCCUCAGAAAGUUUACCGUACGUUCCUAGAGGAAGAGGAGGAGGAAGAGUAUGAUGAUGAAGAUGGAGAGGAAGGGGAAGAUGUCCGGGCCGCUAAAGGCAAGCGCGGGCCGCCGUGUGUGAAGCUGCGAGAGGGCAGGUGGAAGAGGAGGUGCACCAGACCACAUUCACUGGACCUCGGAGCGCUGCUGUCACACACACCUGCGGCACCGCACACAGCUCAGGAUGUAGAUAUGGAGCGAGAGGUCGAGGGCGACAGCGGCGGUUCGAGCGCCGGAGGAGGAGGUGGAGCCGUCGGGUUCUGGCGGCAUGUGGAGGAGGGGCUUCGGGAGCAGGCGGAGCGUCUCCGUAGCGACCUUGCUGUGAGUCGUCAGGAGAGCCACGAGCUGCAGGAGAGACUGAUGGUGUCGGAGGCGACAGUGCAUGCGCAGGCCGAACAGCUCAAAGACUACAGAGAGCUGCUCACGGAGAGUGCCGUCCAGCGGGUCAGCAAACAGGUGCAGGUGGAUCUUCAGGAUCUGGGAUACGAGACGAGCGGCCGCAGUGAGAAUGAAGCUGAGAGAGAUGACGCCAGCAGCCCCGAAUUUGAUGAGUUGGAGAUGUGCGCCUCCCUCUCGGUUACGGGGAACAGACGCUGCGGUUGGCGUGGCGACAGCGACGGUACUCAGACAGACGACCCGUCCUCACUGAAGUGUUUGGUGCAGGAUCUGCGUGCGCAGCUCUCUCGAUGCCACAAAGUGAUCCGUGGCCUGCAGCUGCGCGUGCGCUCGCUCUCGGCAACCUCCGACUACGCCUCCAGCCUGGAGCGCACGCCUCGCAAGGUGAACUGGGCGUUUCAGGUGACCGCGGCUCACAGUGGUCUGGAUGAGGACGAGGGUUGGCAGUCUGACGGGCCGCACAGACCCAGCCGAGAGCUGCAGGAGCUGGUGAGCCGUGUGGCGCUGCUGGAGACGCAGAUCCAGAGCUCCAAGCUGGAGGGCAAGAGCGGCCCAGAGGAAGGCAAAUGUGCCACCUGGCCUGGGAAGUACAACACGCUGAUUCAGGCACAGGCACGGGAGCUGUCACACCUCCGGCAGAAAAUGAGAGAGGGACGAGGCAUCUGCCACAUCCUCACGCAGCACUUGAGCGACACCACCAAAGCCUUCGAGGAGCUGCUGCGUGCCAACGACAUCGAUUACUACAUGGGCCAAAGCUUCCGAGAGCAGCUUUCCCAGAGUUCCUCACUCGCUCAGAGAGUCAGCAGCAAGAUCAGUGGACGCGAGCGUGAUCGUUCAGAGCAGCAAGAUGAUAAAACGGGUCACGAGCUGCUAGCGCUGAGGUUGAGUAAGGAGCUCCAACACAAAGAUCAAAUCAUCGAAUCUCUCCACACCCAGUUACAGAAGCGCCCUGACACGCCCUGCAGCAGCCACGCCCCCUCUGAGACCACAGACCAAUCAGAUUGCAUCUCAUUCGUGUCUGACGAGAGAGGCUCCACCAAUGAGGACGUGGAGCUGUGCUCAGACGUGGAUGCCGGCAGUGAGUUUGCGCAGGAGGAGACAGAGCUCAAGCCGAAAGACAGAGGUGUUUUCACCGGAUUCUCGUCCAGCUCACAGCCUCUGAUCCAAACCCACAGCUGGUCUGCUCACGCUAAUCCCAUGACCUUUGCCCCCUUGACCUGCCCUGACCCUGACCGCAGGAUACAGAGCAGCCACAGGCCGCCGAUGAGAACGUUCAGCGCACCUCACUCGCUCUCCAGCUAUCAGCUAACCGCGCACACACCCUGUUCUAUCGAUUACACGCCUGUAUCCCAUCAUGCACUGGGAAAGAGUGGAGGCCCAUCUGUGCAGACAGAUGCAUUGUGGGACAUGGAAAAUAUGAUUCAGCCAAUCAGAGGUUUUGAUGGAUCAUCGUAUUAUCAGUCUGGCAACAGCCAAUCAGGUGUAGACGUGAUUGAGGAGCAUCUUAGAGAGAUUCGAUCUCUGCGUCAACGACUAGAAGAUUCCAUCAGAACCAACGAGAGAUUGAGACAGCAGUUAGAGGGACGCCUGGCCACAGCGGCGAGAGACACAGCGGCUCCAACCAACAUCUUUAUCCAGAGUCAUGAUGCGGUCAGUCAGCUGACCAAUGAAGUCAGAGCAUUAAAGGAGGAAAAUCUGGCACUACAGUCCAGGUUACAAGCCAGCAGAGACAGCAGUGAAGAGGCGGAGCAGCUUAGGGAGGCGGUGCUUUCUGGGCGUGUUCGGCUGCAGCAGGCGGAGUUAGAGGCAGAGCAAUGGAAGGAGGAGUUGAGGAGGCUACAGACGCACAACUGUGAGCAAAGUCAACAAAUCCAACAACUGCGACAAGACAGACAAAACAGUCAGGAGCACAACAACAGCCUGCAGCACGAGGUGAGUUUACUCCAGCAGCAGUUAGCAGAGAGCAGACAGCUGCUACACUCCCUACAGAGUGAACUACGGCUGUACGACCGAGUGUGUGGUGCGAGAAAGAGCGCCGCUGCAGGAUUUGUGUGUGAGCCGUGCCCGUCGGUGGAGUUGGGGGAGCUGUUGGUGGAGGUUCGGGCUCUAAGGGCCCAGCUGGAGCACAGUGUACAGGAGAACAGUGCUCUACGAGCUCAACUGCAGAAGCAGCUGGAUCAUUCUGUCGAGCAGCGUCCGUCACCCAUCAUUCCGGCCAGCCCCCUGCGGGAUGUGCUUUACCGACGACAGCUUCUCCAUGACCCGUCUCCUUCUCCUCCUGUGAGAGAUGUGGGUCCGUUUCCGGCCGGGCCUAUGUACUCACCAUACUCAGAGAUGGAAGAGACUAACGACUCGCUGGAGCCUCAUGCAGAUCUGGAAGGAGAAGCUCCGGACGGCUCAUUCGCCAACCGUAACGGACGGCACGCGAUCGGUCACGUGGAUGAUUACGGCGCGCUGCAGCAGCAGGUGUUGGAGGGCAGGGCACUGGUGCAGCGGAUGGAGGCGGCGCUGCAGGCAUGUCUCAACACGGCCCUGCUGGAGAUCAGCGGCGGGAAGGCUCUGGACUACAACACAGUAAAGACGCUGCUCUCCGACACAAAGACCUUGCGUCAGAUUCUGGACGAGGCCGUCUCUCUGCUCAAGAUGUUCUGGCGGGCAGCUCUGCCGAGCAGCGAUGGGCCCGUCCAUCUCAUUCAGAGGGAGCAGUCCAUGCGCGAGGAGAUCCAGCUGCUGCGUCUGCGGAUCGCCGAGCAGGAGGAGGUUCUACAGGGAACCAUCCAGCGUUUGCGCUGCACCAGCCGAACCAAAGAAAGCAUGGAGACCUUUAUCGUCAACCAGCUGUCCCGGACUCGAGAUGUGCUGAAAAAAGCACGAGCGAAUCUAGAGAAGAAUGAGCUCAGGAUUUCCUCUCUAAGCUCCUCCUCUUCCUCCCUUUGCCAUGGUAAUGAUCAGGUAAAACCUCCACAGGCUCUUCUUCUUGGGUUCGCGUGACCCCUGCGUGUCCUGAGAUCACCAUGGAAACAGCCAGUCCGCAGCAGCCCGCCAAGAAGCGUGUCAGGGAGUGUCUUCAGCUCACCGCCACCCGUUAAACCAGCCGGCACUGCUAACUCACCCGCCUUACCCUUUUCCUGCCAACAACUUCUGUGUAAUUUUACCUCUUUCCUUUAACAGUGAGCUGUUAAAAUCCAGAUGCCUAUUGAUUCAGUGUUGUGAGAAGAACCUUAGAGUAUUUAUCUUCUGAGAGGAAACAUUCUUUACUUUGUGAGAAAUAAACAGACUGCCACAGAAUUCCCUCGAGUAUCUCAGGGAUUUUUGGCAAUAAACACAUUCACACAGCCGUACGUCAUCUCUGAGCGCCGACGGCUGCCUUCACGCGUCACGAGACGCACGUCAACUGGAGCAUGUGAAACAAGUUCAUGCGUUUUCACUCAAUGUCAUUCUGCUUGACAUUGUGUCAUAUAUCGUGCCACUGUUAGUAUUAUUAUGAUUGUUGUUAUUGUCAUCUUUCUCCAGUGCUACUGACUGAAAUGGAAUGUUGUAUUUAGUAUUUGCAUGAUGGAGGUCGAUUAAAAAUAAAGCGCCUGUUUUUCUGAGGUGAGGCUCACCAAACAUGCCAAAGUUUGCAUGGAUAGUUUCCCUCAUUUUGCCUUAACUGAGCUGUUGAUGUCGACUUCUGUAUGUAAACUGCUUUCAAGUAACUUCACCUGCUCUAUUUUAACAACCUUGUAUGAAUUCUCAAGGUAUGAGCUUUGGGCGUCUUGACUGUCGCUUUACGUCAUAGAUAUACAAACUUUGUUCACGAGUGAAUAAAUAGGUCGUUUAAGAGGACAAAUAGAAAGUUGUGAUUUCCUGCAAUUGAAAAAAUGAAUAUGAAGUUCAAAUAAGUUGACAUUUGUGCAGUCAUUCCUGUGCAAAUAUUAUCAAUGACAGUGUUGAAGACUUCUGAACUCGAGAUUGCAAACUUUGGCAGAGGAUUGGUGGGACCAGAGCUGCUGAUGUCACGAUCACACAGCCAAUCACAGAGGUGUUUCUUUACUGCUCUUAGACUUGUGCUGUAUAAUUUCUUUCAGAGCUGUACAUAAUUUAUGCCUUCAUGUUGUUUUAAUUUUGCAGUGUGGGUAAAUAUAGUCAACAUUUGCUAUAGAAUAUGCAAAUCUUCAAAACAUGGGUAGCUGUGCAAUAGCCAUUUGAUGAUGAUGUGAGACAUCAUAUAGAUGCAUUUACUGUGUACAUUACACCAAUUUAUAAACUGUAGAAGUUGCCUAAAAAUUGCAGAGUUGCCUUGCCUCAAAUCUCUUGCAUAGGAUGAAAACAUAAGCUUGUAAGUGAAUGUUGCUUUGCCUUUAAACAGCCAUGUAAGUGAAUUCUCUUCAGUGAGAAAUGCAAUAUCAAUCUUAAUGGCCUUGUGAGCACAUUACAGUAUUGUGGGUCUAGCAUCACUUUAUUCAGAACCACAAAUGAGAAGUAUUGAUGUGAUUCUUUCAAUGUUUUGGAUUAAAUACCAAAGUCUGAAUUUUGAAUUGAAUUUAGGUGGAGAGAAAAAUGGGCAGCAUAUGUUGGUUCUAAAAUCUGUAUAAUAUGUAUAUAGUGCUUGAAGGCUUAUUUGUUGCCAUAGUUACUGAUGUGAUCGUGUAAUGUAACAAAAGAUCGCCGACACAAGAGCCAAUCAAACUCUGUGUCUGAAGCUGCUGAAUAUGUGGCAUGUAUUAUGAAAGCUGCUUUUGAAAAUUAAACAUCAAUAAACAGUAGAAAAGCA